AUGGCUUUCUCAAAGUCUAUCAUCCUUGCCGCUCUCCUGGCCUACGCCGAGGCCCGAUUUGGUCAAGAGCAGGAGCCUGUUGCCGCUGUCCAGGCUCUUGGUGAUGCUGGAUUCGGUGACCCUGGUGUCGCUGCCACUAUUGCUGGCAGCAUCCCUGGCGCUUUGCUCGCAGCUGCUAGUCCUUGUGACAAGCUUACUAUCGCCGAUCAGAUGAUCACUGAGUUGGGAACUGACCAGCAAGUUCUCGAUGCAGCCAUUGGUCUUGUUGCAGCUGAGACCAACUUCAACCCUUCAGCUGUUGACAGACCUUUCGUCUGCGCUGACCCCAGCCUACCAGCCACUGCUGCCCUUCGCGGCAUUGUGCCUCUCGUUGACCCUGCUGUUGACGGUGCAGCCACUGAGAAUGCCAACUCGGCAACCUCAGUCACAACUCCUUUCGAUGCUGCUGGCUUAUCACAGGCUGAGGUGAUGAUUGCUCAGGGAUUCAGCACAUUCACAGCCGUCGGUGCUAACGGCGACAAAGUCGAGCUUGAUGGCCAAGACGGUGCUGCCGCUGGUGGUGCCGGUCAAGACGAUGGCCAGGAUGAUGGCACUGGUGCUGGUGCCGAUACCGGCGCGGAUGCUGGUGCUGGUGCUGGUGCUGGUAAUGGAGGAGCUGCCAACAACGGCACGGCUCCCGCUGAUGGCCAGCAGGGCAACAAUGGCUCGGAUAACGCCCAGGAUGGAAGCAACACAAAUGACGACGAGGAUUGCGAAGAGGAUGACAACAACAAUGGUAACAACAACAAUGGCAAUGCCAACAACGGAAAUGGAAACCAGAACAGCCAGGGUGGAAACAAUGGCAACAACGAUAAUGCUCAGGAUGGCCAGGAUGAUGCUGCAGAUGACAACAAUACUGGAAACGCUGGUGGUAACGCUGGAGGCAAUGCUGGCGGUAAUGUUGGCGCUCUCGACUUCGGUGUCUGCCAGCCUACAAUGGCUCGCGUUGGUGGCCUUAACGGUCGCCCAGCUGACGAGUUCACCUUCAUUCCCCAGGAUCCUCUCGUUGCUCAAGGCCAGCAGGAGGCUCUCAACCCCAACAUCAUUACCAACCGUAUCUGUGACCAGCUCACCAACGUGUGUGACGCUAGUGCCGAUGCUGUGGCUGCCUGUGAGGAUGCUCAGGCUCAGAUUGAGGCUUUGGGAACACGGGAUCAAAGCACCGCCGACACAUGGAAUGCCCUACUUGGCUUCGACGGUGUUGAUUCUACUCAGCAGCAGGUUUGA